AUGAAAGUGGAUUUUAGAAGGAGCCCUCCUGUUCUGACACCUCUUACAAUAUUAGAAGACAUGAGCCGCCUUCCCGGCAUCAAAGUGAAGUACCUCUUCUUUGCCUGGCUGGGCAUUUUUGUGGGCAGCUGGAUGGUCUACAUACAUUAUUCGUCCUACUCUGAGCUCUGCAGGGGACACGUCUGCCAGACGAUCAUUUGCGAUCAAUACAACAAAGGCAUCAUUUCGGGAUCAAUGUGCAAAGACCUUUGUGAGGACCACACCUUGGUCUUUGAACACUGCUUGUCACCUUCUCCCACCCAGCAGGUCUACAGCGGCCUCUGGAAGGAGAAAGAGGUGAUUAUCAAAUGUGGCCUGGAAGAAGCGCUGAAGGCCGACAGCAACCCAGAUGCAGACCCCAGGAGAGACGUGGUUCUCUUCAACAAGCCAACAAGGGGGACAUCUAUGGACGAAUUCCGGGAGAUGCUUCUGAAUUUCUUGAAAGCUGGUCUUGGGGAUCAAGCCUCCCUCAUCAACUUGGUGAACCAGAUUAUCGCCAUGGCCGACGUCAGUCGGGACGGGAAGCUUUCUCUGGCCGAAGCGAAAUCAAUCUGGGCGCUUCUGCAGCUGAACGACUUCCUGCUGACCUUCUCCCUGCACGAGAAGGAGCACACCCCCAGGCUGCUGGGGCACUGUGGCGAUCUGUAUCUCACGGAGAAGAUCCACCACACCUCCCUCUACACCAUGGACCUUCCUCCCUUCCUGCAGCCGCUGCUGCCUUCUGCCCUCCUCAGGAUCGUCCACCAGUGGUUCUCCCCCGCCUGGCCCCGGCGAGCCAAAAUCGCCAUUGGACUUCUGGAAUUUGUGGAGGAGAUCUUCCACGGGACCUACGGCAACUUCUACAUCUGCGAGGCCGGCUUCACCCACAUGGGCUACAAUAACAGAUAUGACUUCAAAAUGGUGGAUCUCAGGACGGUGGCCACGGAGAUGACCAUCCAGGGGUUUCUCAAGGGCCGUCACUGUGAGCAAAACGCGGACUGCACGUACGGGAAGGACUGCGUGGCGCCGUGCGAUAAGCUCAUGAAGCAGUGCAAGAGCGAUGUGGUGCAGCCCAACCUCGCCAAGGUUUGUGGGCUCCUGCUGGAGUACCUGCUGCACGGGGCCCCGAGUGACUUGAAGGAGGAGCUGCAGAAGCAGCUGAAAACGUGCACCACGCUCAGCGGCCUGGCCAGCCAAAUGGAGGUGCACCACUCGCUGGUGCUCAACAGCCUCAAGACCCUCUUGUGGAAGAAAAUCUCAAACACCAAAUAUUCUUAG